CAUCUCUGCGGUUUAUUCCUCUUCUUCCUCAGCAGCACAUGUGCUGACUGUUUUGCGUUUUAUUUUUACAAGUUAUUUUAAUAAUUUGUAAAAAUGCGCAUUGAAACGUGCUACUUUUGCUCCAGCAAAAUAUAUCCUGGCCACGGGGUACAAUUUGUACGCAAUGAUUGCAAAAUCUUUAAGUUUUGUCGCGGGAAGUGUCACAAGGCGUUCAAGCGCAAGAAGAACCCACGCAAGGUAGGAUGGACAAAGGCACAUCGCAAGUGGGCUGGCAAGGAGCUGACAAUCGAUCCCAGUUUCGAGUUUGAGAUGCGUCGCAAUGUGCCAAUCAAAUACAGUCGCGAGACCUGGCAGAAGGCCGCUGUGGCCAUCAAGAAGGUCACUGAGAUCAAGGAGCGCCGCGAGAGGCACUUUGUUAUGGAGCGUCUGCGCAAGGGCCGCGAGGUUGAGAUUCAAAUGGACGUUAAGGAUGUGCAACGGAAUAUGUCACUUAUACGUUCACCUGCCGCUGGCCUGAAGGAGCGUCGCGCAAAGGAAGAGGCCGAAGAGGCGGCGCUAAUGGACGAUGAUCUGUCCGAAGAGAAGAUCACAUACGUCGAUGCUCGCGAAUUGGAAAAGAGACUCGAAGAGGGUCUGGGCGUGGAGGACAUGGAGAUGCUAGAAGCUUAAGAAUUCGUACACCAUUAAUUUUAGUUUUAAGUUUGCUGAUGAUGAAAAUAAAUGUAGUAAAACCCGUGGCACACUUA